AUGUGGUCUGCGGUGGGUGCGUGUCCGCGCAGCCGGCACUGUGUGCGGUGCAGGGCCAUUGCGGCUGUGCGUGUGACGCUGCUUGCUCUGUUGGCGCUGGCUGCUGCUGCGGCGUUUAUGCCCGCGGUGCAUGCGGUGGUGUUGCGACUGCGGGGCGGCACGGUGGACAGAGCCAUCACGGUUGGCCGCGCCGUGGACACGGUGCUGAUGGACGGCGUGUGCAUCACGAACGGCGUGGCUGUGGUGUUCGACGUGCCGGCGAUGCUUCCCGGCGCGCUGCGCAUUGAAUUGAGGAACUGCGUGUGCGACGGCGGUGCACAGAUCUACGUGCGGGGCUACGGCGGUGAGCCGGCGAGUGACCGGAGCCUGGAGGUGAGCGUGAGCGGGCUGUCGGGGAUCUACUGCUCGCUCGCGUUUGUGCACAACCUGCCGGCACACACGAACGUGACGGUCCGUGACUCGACGAUUGUGACGGCGGGGCCGAUGCGCUACUCGCAGUUGAGCGGGCUGACGGACGCGGUGGCGUCGCCGCUUGUGCUGUACGCGACGUCGCUGUUGCGGACGCAGCUGCGUGUGAGCAACACUGUGCUGAGGUCGUUGCACGCGGGUGGGUCGGCGGUGUACGUUGGCGGCGGCGUGGACCUGCUGUCGAGCGCGGUGGUGCUUGGCGGCGUGUUGCUGGAGGCGUCGGGCGGUCCGACCGCGUCCGCGAUGCAUGUGGCGUCCUCGUCGCGUCUCAGUUUGCGGAGCCACUCGGUGUUCUCCGUGACAAACGUGUCGGUUUUGAGCAGCGGCGGCGGCUUUGUGCUUGGAGAGCGCCUCGCGGUGUCCGACUCGGUGCUGCGCUUCGUGGGCGUCGAGGGGCCUGUUGCGUCGUCGCUGGUGCGCUGCGACGGUGGGACGGUCGGUGCCGGCGGGUGGCUGGAGCUGCGCGACGUGUGGGCGGUGGGCGAGGCGUCGUCGGUGGCGUCGCUGUCGGGGGUGACGCUGGGUGGUGGCGCCGUGUCGAUUGCGCGCUGCGUUGCCACCGGCGCGACGCUUGUCUCCGGGCUGACGAUCACGAGCGGCGUCGUGUCGGUGCAGUGCAACCGUGCCGGCGGCCAGGUGCUGCAGAGCAGCGGCGACUACCGCAUGGCCGGCCUGCCCUCCGUGAGCGUGGUGCCGUGCGACGGCUGUGCGGCUGCGCUGGCGUGCUUUGAUGCGCUGACGGCGUCGUUCUCUGACUGCGUGUGCGGCUGCCGUGCCGGCGGUAUGGGCGAGGCGUGCCUGCCGUUCGACGUGUCGCCUGCGAGGGCCGGUGGCGGUGGUGGCGGUGUGGAGGGCUGCGUGAGUGGCGUGACGCUGACGGAGUCGGUGACGGUUGGCGGUGGGCGUGCGACGGCGUGCUUCGACUCGGUGGUGUUCAGCGGACCGAUCACUGUGGCGGUGGACCUGCGCUCGAUGGACGCGUUCGCUGACUCGCUGAACGUGACGCUGCGCCACUGCGUACUUGCGGGCGGGUCGCAGCUGCGGAUUGGUGGUUUCAGCGAGAGCACGGCGCGCCUGAUGCCCCACGCUCUCGUCAACAUGACGAAUGUGACGUCGCUGGAGGGCACGGUCGUGCUGCAUGGCGCGAUGCCGCCGAACUCGAGUGUGCUGCUGGCGAACUCGACGCUGCGCGCGACGGUUGGCGGGUCGCAGUACGUGCCGACGACUCCUGGCCACGCAGGAUCCCGGUACGGCCCCGCGCUUGUCCUGGACGGUGUCCGGCUGCUGUCGACGCGGUUUGUCAUGACGCGGUCGACGCUGUUUUGUGGCGGGGGCUUGUGCGCUGCGAUCCUCAUGGAGCGCGGCCUUGACGUGAACCUGUCCAGCGUCUUCUACAUGGACAACUGCGCUGUUAUGUCGCGGACGCACGUGAUGUACGCUUUUGCGUCGGACCUGCGUGUGAGCGGCGGCUCCGUGUUCUCCAUACAGAACAGCUCUUGGAUUGCGUCGAGCAUUAACAUGUACGAAGGCGCGUGUGUGUUCAGGGAUGUUGUUUUGGAUGGUGGUAGCGUGCUGCAGGUUGUGUCCGGCACUUUCCGUCUUGGCUUCGCCAUGCUCAUUGCAGAAACGCUGACCGUGACUGACGGCAGCUGGCUGGUGCACCGCGACAACGAGUUUCGCGCCGCCUACGUUGUGUACGUGGUCAAGGAGAACGGCGUGGCGUUCCGCGAUCGGAGUGUGUGGUCGAUACUUAACAACAAACUUACGUACGGCUUGUACUCGUCGACUCAUGCACACAUGACAAGCAACUGGUCACUACCAUCCGACUCGAGCCCGAUCAUCUACGGCGUGUGCAACGAGGCAAGGGGAUUUCCUGUGAUGGAUUACCGAGAAGAGCUCAAUAUUGUGGCGCCCGUGACGUUGCUGGACUGUGGCGCGUGCACCGUGGACGCCGUGUGCUUUGCUGCGAGGACGAGCAGCAUCCGCGGCUGUGAGUGUGAGUGCGCUGCUGGCGGCUACGGUGACACGUGUGUGCCAGCUGCUGUUCCGGACGGUCUUGGGCCGCUUCCGCUCCCUGACGCGAAGGACACGGAGGUCCGCUGUGUUCACGGUGGCAGCAUCAGCUCCGUGGACUAUCCUGAUUCCGGUGUGCGUGGUCUGUGCUUUGUCAACGUGACCUUCACCGCCGCGAUCGUGCUGGACCUGUGGAGCUUCGACGCACCACAACAGACACUCAACAUCACGCUGCUGCAGUGCGUCCUUAUGGGCCUGUCGAUCAGAGGGAGUGGUGCACGCGUGCACGUGAGCGUGGUCUCCUCGAUGAUGGAUGCCGGUGAUUUGGAGUUUAGGGGUGAUUUUGGCACGAGCUCCCGGAUACUGGUGGCGGGUAGUACGCUUGUGAUGACGUCGCGCCGCGCCAUUCAAUGCCUGCUGUUUUCUCUCGGUGCGAACUCGACGCUACUGUUACUUGACAACCUUAUUGAAGGGGAAAUUUACGCAGUCUAUUUCUCCUUUGUUUUUGUUGAUGAUGGCGGGAUCAUUAUAAGGGGAAACACGCUGAGGGGAGCGGAGGAGGACGUUCAUUUGGAAUCUGCUUUUUUGUUUGAAUUUGCUGUUGUGAAGAAUGGUGGCUACUUUGGCGUGGAGAACAACACGAUGAGCGCAGGCAGUGGCAUUUAUUUUUAUGGGGAUACCACUGUGAGCUCCGCGGGGUUGCUGCGAGUGGCAGACUGCAUCUUUAUUGGUUUCGCACUGUUUUUUGAUCCCGCGCUGGUGCAUUGGGACGGCUCUUUGACACUCCAGGGCGGUGCGCAGUGGCGUGUGGAGGGCAACGGCGUGAGCGCAGCCUCAGUAAUAGAUAUGCCUAAUUCCUUGUACAAAAUUAAGCUGUCGGACAGCGGCACUACCGUGGUGCUUGCACACAACAUUCAGGCGGACUCGAGUAAAGCCUUUGCGCAAAUUGUUCCAUGGAGCACGAUUGUCGCGUCACCCGCGCGGUUUGUGGUUGGGUGCAACCUGCAGGGAGAUGAGGAGGUGUCGUACGACGGUGUGUUUCCGGAGGGCGUGGUGGUGUUCGGGUGUGGCACAUGCAACGACGACGCGGCGUGCUACAUGCCCGGGACGGAGUCGGUGGACCGCGGCUCGUGCUCGUGCAGCUGCAAGGACGGAUGGCAUGGCGCGUCGUGUUUUCCCCUCGAGGUGCCCGACACGGUUGUGCUCCCCUUGCCGGAGAGAGCCGUUGACGGCGACACGAGCUGCGUGGUGAACCAGACGCUGACGAACCUUGCGGUAAAGAUGUGGAGGACGCACCACUGCUACGCGGGUGUGACAUUCAGCGGCGUGGGCGCUGUGCUGACGUUCUCCCUCAAUCGGAUGCCGCUGCAUCUCCCCAUCAACAUCACGCUUACUGGGUGCACAUUCCUUUACGGGGCUGUGCUGCAGUUUGUUGGGGGUAAUGAGGCGUCCGAGUCAGCCGGCGUCCUGAUCCGCGUGAGCCAGACGGUGAUGCGGUCCUCCGUUGCUUUGUUUUCACUUGCCCUCCCGCAGCACUGCGACAUUGCCGUCACGGACGUUGACGCGGUGCAGUUCUCUGAGGUCCGGUUGCCGGAAUCUGUGAACAACAUGUGGAGCGUUGUGAUGCUGAAGAACGUAGUGUUGAGUGCGUCCUCGCUGUUGGUCAGCAGCGUCAAGGCGAAUGCACCGAGGCACGGCUUGUUUGGUUUGUACUCGACCGGGACACUGACGCUGGUGGGUGGCAGCUCGCUGUACGUGCGGUAUUGCAGCUUCGGUGGGUACACACACCUGUUCUACGUGCACAUUAUCGGUGUCAGUGAUCACUCUGUUUUUGCGCUGCUCAACAACACAAUGGACUCCGGGACAAGCUUCUUGUAUCAGAAGCAAAAAUUCAGCGUGUCGGAUCACAGCGUGCUGCGCGUGGUGGGAAACAGCGGUCCUGUGUCCAACGCCAUCUAUGCAUCUAACUCGUGGACCGUCCAGCGGUCAAGCUGGCUGGAUUGGCGCGACAACGACGUGGGAGUGGGUGCGAUGUUGUACUACUCCGCCUUUUCUGCAAUGAGCAUCGGCAACAACAGUGUGGUGACGCUGACGGGCUGCAAGAUGGGCUCGACGGGGUUGUCGAGGCCCUUGCUAUCGCGUGCUGCCGCCGGCUACCGGUUCGUUGCUGGGUGCCUGACG